AUGUUUGGUGCUACCAAUACCAGUCCAUUUGGUGCUACUAAUAAUGCUACCAAUACCGGUACUGGUCUUUUUGGCUCUACUAAUAAUAACACAGCCACCAGUCCUUUUGGCGCAUCUACUGGUACACAAAGCUCAUUGUUUGGUGCUAAGCCCGCUACUGCCACUGGUGGUAUGUUUGGUUCCAACACUGCUACCACUACUAACAAUGCUUUUGGAGGUACAUCCAACACUGGCGCCUUUGGUUCGAGUGGUGGUUUUGGUACUAAUACCAACACCAACUCUACAUCCCCUUUCGGCUCAACUUUUGGCGCAAACAAUAACUCGACUACUAAUACAGGUGGUGGAUUGUUCGGGCAACAGGCUGCAAAACCUGCUUUUGGUGGAUUCGGGGCGACUAAUAAUACCGCCACCACUUCACCAUUUGGUACCACUACUAAUAAUACAAGUGGUGGCCUUUUUGGUCAAAACAAUAAUGCGGGCAACACUGGUACAGGACUAUUUGGUGCCAAUAAUACAAAUACAUCGUCUCCUUUUGGUAGUGCUAGCAGCACCACCAAUGCCCCUGCAGCUUCCUCAGGAUUUGGUGGUUUCGGUGGCACCGCUACUCAACAGCAAAACAAACCAGCUUUUGGAUUUGGGAAUUCUGGCACUACUAACACCACCACCACUUCUCCAUUUGGCCAAAGUACUACAAACACUGGUACUGGCUUGUUCGGCCAAACCAAUACUGCUAAUACUGGAGGUAGUGGACUGUUUGGAAACACAAGUUCUCAGAAUACUAAUACGGGAACCGGCUUGUUUGGCCAGAAUAACACAGCUGGUGGUGCCACGGGUACAUCAGGCACAGGACUAUUCGGUCAAAGUAACAACAAUGCCACUAGUAAUACAGCAAGUCCAUUUGGCGGUUUUGGUGCUGCAAACAACCAGCAGAAUACUGGGGCCACGACUGGCGGCCUUUUUUCAAACGCAGCUAAGCCAGCUGGUAGUUUGUUUGGAGGUGGUGCCACAACCACUGCUCCUGCUACUAGUGGACUAUUUGGUGGUUCUACUCCUGGAGCAACUGCAACUGGUAGUUUUGGGGUUGAUGGUGGUGCAAAUUCUGCUAAGCCUUCGUUGUUUGGUACAGCUCCUGCCGCAACUGCCAAACCAACUACAGGAUUAUUUGGAGGUGCUAAUAAUCCUCUAGGAACUCGUGGAACCUUUGGAGCUCCUAAUGAUACUACCCCAAGGUUUGGUUUGGCUGGUAAUACAUCGGCUCAGCAGCAAGGUACCUCCCUUUUUGGCCAGGCCGCCAAGCCUUCGCUGUUUUCUCAACCAUCAAAUGCUUCCACGAAUGGCGGCUUGUCACUUAGUGGUAGUACAGGUGCAACCCAGCUCAACAACAGUCAACUACUUGCGUCUGUUGACCAAAAUCCAUAUGGGAACAACCCCCUGUUUACUAGUGUUAAUGGGCAGCAAGCUCAAUCACAGCCAGGAACUCCUGUCGCCACCCCUCUAUCCACAACCCCUUCAUCUAAUAGAAAGAAGCAAGGCAUAGUUUCUGCAUACAAGCUUGCACCUAAGCCAUUGUUCUCACCUCGUCCACGACAUGUUGGAUCCGGGUCUCCAGGUAAUCGCUCUUCUAUUAUGGGCAGCUCAGCAACUGGUGCUGAUGACAGUAUUAACGGUGAUAGGACUCUUGGUAAGCUCACUCGUACGGGAUCCAACAGUCCAAAUGCUGUUGCAAACAGUGUCUAUAGCUUGCAUGCGGAUGAAGCUAUUCUCUCCUCCAAUGCAUUCUCGCCCCAUGGAUCCAGCGUUAGAAGGCUUAUUAUUGACAGGAAGCGCACACCUAACAACAGUCUCCUUUUGACCGAUGGCCGUUCUGUGGCAGAUGAGUCUAGUCAGUUGUUGACACCAGGCCCCUCGAACACUUCAGUUCUGCCCGGCAGCAUUGCCAGUCUUGACCUGAGUGAGACCACCAUUCCUGGUACUCCUUCGCCUAAUGGAGCACUUAGAACGUCGGUAUCUCCUGAAAAGCCCUUUAACCGAGGAAUGAAUAAUAAUGGCGUAGCUAAUGAUAGUGCCACAACGGCUAGUGCACCUGCAAAGCCAAAACCUGUUCUUCCUGAUAAUGAGAUUGUCGAUGAACACGGCUACUGGAUAUCUCCAUCACAAGAAAAACUCGACCAUAUGUCUCUUAAGGAGCUGGAGGGUGUAAAGAACUUUACAGUUGGUCGUAAGGGAUUUGGUUUCGUUCGUUUUGAUGUGCCAAUUGACCUAAGUCAAUACUCAAGCGUGUUCAAGCAGAUUCCUGGUCGAAUUGUUAUUUUUGGGAAAAAGUCUUGCGUUAUUUAUCCUGACACGUCAAGCAAGCCUGCUCCUGGUAGCGAGCUGAAUGUCAAAGCUACCAUCUCGCUAGAAGGAGUGUGGAUCAUGACUAAGGAUACACGUGAGCCAGUCAAAGACCCGAACCACCCUCUCUACGAUAAACACCUCCAGAGACUCAAAAACCUCAAAUUCACAACAUUCGUGUCAUGGGAUAAGGAGACUGGAACCUGGGUAUUCAAAAUCGACCCCUCUGCUGAGUCGUAG